CGGAAACAAAAAAAACCCUUCAUGUUUUUAAAAUUGAUUACUCAACCGGUCACAUCCUGUCAAUGCAACAAAUUCGAAUUAAUUUUGGUGCAAACAUUUUUUCUACGCCUGCAAUGGCUGCAAGAAAAGAUGUUGAGUUAUGACCACUCAAUUGGUGAUAGUAAUACUAGUUUUCUUAUCCAGUAGCAGUAGCAGUAGCAGUAGCAGUAGCAGUAAGCGGCGCCUUCACCACCAUGGCCAUGCUUGUUUCUUCUUCUUCCUCCUCUUCUUCUUCUUCUCCCCAUUCCCUCUCUUUCACCCGUUCUCUUCACAACGCACUUUCCCCAUUCUCCAUAACAUUCACACUCACACGCUCUCACUCUCCCAAACGCGCACCACCAUCUUUCAAAGCCACCCUCAUCACCAACUCCGAUUCCUUCCAAGUAGGUCGCGCCAUUGGCAGCUACGGUUUCAUGAAUGUCACUAGCUAUUCAGCUUUUCCCUCUGCCCUAGAAGGCAACGAUUAUUCAUACGCUGAUUUCGGAGCUGGUCUCAAGACUCAAGAUGUUGGAGAAGGCAGUGUUAAAAUCAGGCUCUAUGAAGGUAGGGUUUCCCAGGGUCCACUCAGAGGUACCCCUGUUAUUUUCAAGGUUUAUCCUGGAAAGCGAGCUGGUGGAAUUGAGGCUGAUAUGAUGGCUGCUAAUGAGUUGAAUGCUCACUCCUUUCUUCAAAGCAAUUCUAAAGGUAUUGUUCAGAAUCUUGUGUUACUUGUUGGUGGUUUUGAAACUAUUACUGGGGAGCAGUGGCUUGCUUUUCGCGAUGAUGGGAAAUAUAGUGCAGCGGAUUAUGCAAAAUUUGCGAGUGAUAGGGUAUCAAGAGACCGAGCUUCGGGAGAAUUGUCUUCCUGGAAUCGCUUUGAGCAAGAACAAUCGAUCAAGAGAAAGCAAAUUUUUGUGAUAAAGCUGCUCCAAGGUGCUAUGAGAGGUCUAGCUUACAUGCAUGACAAUAACAGAUUGCACCAGAGUCUUGGACCAUUUUCUGUGAUGCUCAACACCAUUUCAGAAAGAGAAGCUCGGUAUUUGAUUCCAAGACUUCGAGAUCUGGCCUUUUCUGUUGAUGUCAGCUACUCAGAACUAGAAGAGGAUCCAAGAUCACUUGCAGAUGGUCUCUGGAGGCGAGCAACAGCUGCUGGUGCAUUCACGCGUAUGGAGAAAAGAGCCUUUGCAAUAGCUGAUGACAUAUACGAAGCGGGUCUUCUUUUUGCGUACAUGGCUUUUGUUCCAUUUUGCGAAGCUGGCGCAAUGGAUGGCCUUGCCUUGCAAAGACUUUUAGAGAACACUUUCCAACUUGAUCUUGAAGCAACACGAGAGUAUUGUAUGGAAGAUGACCGAUUAGCGAAGGCUGUCGAGUUCCUCGAUCUUGGAGAUGGUGCUGGUUGGGAGUUACUUCAGGCAAUGCUUAAUGCUGAUUUUCGAAAGAGACCAAUUGCGCAGGCCGUUCUCAAUCAUAGGUUUAUGACUGGGGAUGUUCUUUGAGUUUCAUGGCAUCUCUCGCAAUUAUAUAUGUUAAAUUUGUCCGCAAAUAUUCCAUGUUUGCUUGAAAGAAAUGUCUUGAAUAUAUGCAUUGCUUUCAACAAGUAGCAGUGCUUGUGUAAAUAGUAUAAUACUCUAAUAAUAUAUAAUAUUCAUAAUAUUUAAGAAUAUAUAGAAAUAGCAAUGAAAACUUGGCACCCUACUGUAUUAUUUGUUUU